AUGAUCAAGGCCAUAGUGGAUUUGAAACCCCCUAAGAGUCUUACCCAGUUGAGAUCUUUUCAGGGUAAGCUUGCUUUCUUGCGGAGAUUUAUCUCCAAUCUUGCUGGUAGAUGUCAUCCCUUUGCUGCUCUAGCAAAGAAGGAUGCCCGCUUUCAUUGGGAUAAGAGUUGUCAGGAGGCCUUUGAGAGCAUAAAGCGCUACCUGACGAAUCCCCCAGUGUUAGCUGCACCCAUGCCUAGUAAACUGUUGAUUCUUUAUACUACUGCCUUGGAUGAGUCACUUGGUGCACUUUUAGCUCAAGAAAAUGAGGAAGGCAAAGAGAAUGUCUUGUACUACCUCAGCAGACGGUUGAUUUCUGCAGAGCUAAAAUACCCGGCAAUGGAAAAGCAAGCUAAAAUACCCAGCAAUGGAAAAGUAGUGUUUGACUUUGAUAUUUGCUGUGCAGAAGCUUGGACACUAUAUGCUCUCACACAAGAUCAGUUUGAUUUCUCGAGUCAACCCUUUGCAGUACCUGAUGACCCGUCUUUGCAGUACCUGAUGACCCGUCCGACUUUGUCAGGUCGUCUAGCACGUUGGUCCAUGAUUUUAUUGCAGUUUGACAUUACUUUUGUCCCUCAGCGGGCCGUCAAAGGACAGACUCUAGCUGACUUUCUUGCUUCUCACCAGAUUCCUGCAGAUUCUCCACUUAAUGAUGAUUUGUCUGAUGAAUUAGUCAUGAGUGUAGAAGAGCAGGAGUCCCCUACUUGGGAGUUUUAUUUUGAUGGAGCUUCUUCCAUCAAAUCACUACGGCCUUAUGAAACUCCUGUUGUUAGGGUAGGUUUGGGGCUUAUUUUUGUAUCUCCUGAAGGCCACACCCUUCAUUACUCAUACAGUCUUUCGGAGCCUCAUACUAAUAAUGAAGCUGAGUACGAAGCCCUAAUUGUAGGACUUGAGUUGGCCAUUCAGAUGAGCAUUAUGCGGGUAAAAUUUUUUGGAGAUUCCCAACUAAUCAUUAAUCAAGUGGCAGGAAUUUUCAAAGUUCUCAAACUUGAGCUUUUGCCUUACCACGAUUUGGCAAUGGAGCUCCUGUGUUUGUUCCCUGAAGUAACUUUAGUUAGAGUCCCUCGAUCUGAGAAUGGUAGAGCGGAUGCACUAGCUAAACUUGCUAAGGAGUUGGCUGACCCUACUGGAAACCCAGUGUCGAUUGUAGUCAAGUAUCGACAAGCCUUGUGUCCCGCGGAUUUGUCUUCUCCCGAUCAGACCCUCGCAGUGCUCGCUGUUGAGGAAGAGUCAGAUUGGAGAAUCCCCUUCAUCGAGUAUUUGAAGCGUGGUAGACUUCCGGAUGACCGCUCUCUGGCCACUCAGAUUAGAAAGAGAGCUUUGUCAUUUUCCUAUGUGAAUGAAACCCUGUACCGACGCUCUUUUGAUCAGAUGUGGUUACGUUGCCUCAAACGAGGAGGCUCGUAA